GUAUGCCAUCUAAUAAUUGUCUUCAAGGUGCAUUAGCUUGUUAUUAUGCACAUAAAGAUGGAUAUACAGAACAUCUUGAACGAAUAUUUACUAAAAAGGAUUAUAAGCAAUACUUAGAUAUA